CGCCGGUUUUGGUUCAGCGAGGGAGCGCAUGAAUAAUCUCUGCGUAAUGCAAAGAAGUGGAGGGGGUCCGUCAACGAGAUAUUCACUGAUCAGAACGAGUUACAAAACAAGGCGCUUUUCCGCCCGAUCACGGCUCCAACGGCACCACUUAGCAUCGAGCCUUCGUUGGACCAAGCCAAGUGAGCGAUUUUCCUUCGUUUAUCAUUGCAUUGUAGAAGAUGUCGUUCCUCAAGAUGUGGCCAGCGUUGAUGUUGCUCAGUGUUGUUUCCUCAACUGCAGCUCAAUCUUACGACUACAUCAUCGUAGGUGGAGGUACAGCAGGUUCAGCUUUAGCUACCCGCCUGAGUCUUGGCCUUCCUGAUGCUCAAAUUCUGCUUCUCGAGGCUGGCCCAUCUGCUCUGGACGAGCUCCGCAUCAAUGUACCCGGUCUCAGAGGCUCGAUCUUAGGCACGGAAUAUGACUGGAACUUCACUUCAAUCGAUCAGAGCGCUCUCGGUGGCCGUCAAAUUCCCGUCAACCGCGGCAAGGUUCUGGGUGGCUCAUCGGCCAUGAACUACCUUUGCUAUGACCGUGCCGCUGCGGCCGAGUACGAGGCCUGGGGUGAGAUGGGUAGCGAAGGCUGGUCUUGGGAUGUCAUGAUCGAAGCCAUGACCAAGUCGGAGAACUUCACCGGCUCCGACAAGGACCCUCGUGGUCGCUCUGGUCCCAUUCGUAACACUUACAACCGCGUGGUGUACGACGUGCUCAACACAUGGCAGCCAGCCGGAACGGAACUCGGCCUUCCCAUCAACGAGGAAGGUAACAUGCACGGCAACCCAAUCGGCAUCAUGUUCCAGGGGACCAACAUUGACAACACCGACUACUCGCGGUCUUACAGCGCCAAUAGCUACCUUCCACUUGCCGGGUCGAACCUCGAGGUGAAGACCAAUGCACAAGUCAUCAAGGUCAACCUUAACGAGACUUGCAACAACGAUUUCACUGCCACGGGUGUGACACUGGCCGACGGUACCGUUUUCAACGCUGCCAAGGAGGUCAUCUUGUCUGCUGGUUCCAUCCAGAGCCCUGGUCUGCUCGAACUAUCAGGUAUCGGCCAGACGGCUGUGAUCGAAGCCGCCGGUGUUGAGCCUCUCAUUGACUUGCCCGGCGUUGGUGAGAACUACCAAGACCACAUCCGCACAUCCAACGUGUAUCGUCUUAAGGAUGAGUUUGACUCUUUCGAUGCUCUCAUCUUUGACUCUAGCGGUGCCAACGCCACUGCUGAGCUGCAAAAGUGGAUUGAUGGCGAAGUGUCUCUCUACGACUACACGACCGCGGCGUACGGGUUCCUUAACUGGGCUCAAAUUGACAGGAAUGCUCAAGCCGAGAUCAUUGCUCUUGCAGAGGCAGAGUUUGGCAACAGCACCAACCCCAUUGAUAAGAAGAAGCUCGAGUUUCUCAAAGACGACUCCGUCCCGGACUAUGAACUCAUCUUUGACGCAAACUACGUCGGCGCGGCCGGAUACCCUGGUUCCGGCAAGUUCAUUACCAUCUUCAGCACCGUCAUGCAUGCUCUCAGCCGGGGCAAUGUGCACAUUGAUCCCACGAGCCCUACCGGCAAGCCCGUCAUCGACCCUAAGUUCCUGAGCAACGAGCACGACAUUAAAGCCGCCGUCGAGGGCGCCAAGUUCGCGCGCAAGAUUGCCGAGGCGGGGCCCCUCAAGGCCGUCUGGGAAGUUGAGACGGAGCCAGGUCCGGAUGUUCUGACUGAUGAUCAGUUCCGUGACUUCGCUGUCAACACGGUCACGAGCUUCUACCACCCGGUCGGAACCUGCUCUCUUCUCCCCAAGGCUGAGGGCGGUGUUGUCGAUGCUGAUCUGCGGGUCUAUGGUACGCAGAACCUGCGAGUAGUCGACAACAGUAUUGUGCCAAUCAUUGUUUCUGGCCACAUUCAGACGGCUGCGUAUGGUGUUGCCGAGGUGGCGGCUGCUAAGAUCAUUGCAAGUGCUAUUUGA